AUGCCGAGGCACAGCAACAGCUACGCAUGCGGGAUGGACAUUCCGGAGGUCGCCUUCGACAAGCGCUGCAGGCGCUCAUCGCACCGCCCCAUGGGCGGCACCAAGGUGCAGAAGCAUCCUGGGAAGCAGUCGCUGGAUCUGGAAAGCGGAGUUCAUCUCAGUAGCAUUGACGAACACGAGUUCUGGUACGAGUCCGAGCACGACCCCGAGGUCUCUGACGAGACCACGGCAUCCCCUGAACCAGAAGAGGAGGACGACUUUGAUGAGAGUGGCUGGGACUUCGUGUCGCCGGAAAGCGCAGAGGAGGAAAAGAAGGAGGAGUGGCCUGCCCUGCAAGGAAAAAAUCUGCAAGCAGCCAUGGAUGCUCUUGAGACGAUGAGUAUGGCCAGCGACUUGACGCUCUGCUCCUGGGUCGACGUUGCUGAUGUCGAGGACGCGGCGGCGCCGACCGAAGCGGAAGCGCCAACCUGGGCGGCGCGCCUCGGAACAAGUACAGCACCGCGGCCUCCCAAGGCCACCCUGCCCUGGGCCCACCGGCGCCCGCGCGUGCGGGUCACCCACACGCCCGAGGGUUGCGAUGUCGAAGAUGCAGCAGACGUCGCGGGCAGAUCAUGGAACAAGUGGCAGAAGUCAAGCCGGAACACGAAGGCCAUGCAGAAGACCGCAGAGAAAAUUCAUCGUCGGCUCGAGCAGAGCCGGCGCGCCAAGGGGGACGAGCUGUGA